GGUAAACCAAUAUAUUCCUCUGCACUGUAUUUCCCACACCACAGUGUGGAAUUCCUCAAGGUACUCAUCUUUCACAGCUUCCUUUGGAUCCAAGUGACAACAGUGUCCUCCCCAAUCCCCAUCAUUCAAUCAGAAACACAGCAUGGCAUCAACAAGGAAUACACUCAUCCUUCUCAUCAUCCUAUCUAUCCUCCUUCAACAAACAAAACAUGCAGGAAGCAUUAGUGUUAAUUAUGGCUUAAAUGGAGACAACCUCCCAAAUCCUGCAACAGUGGUGCAACUCUUCAAUUCUCAUGGCAUCCGAAAGCUAAGACUCUUUGCACCAAACCCUCAAGUCCAACAAAGCACUAGAAGGCACGAAACAUAUAUGUAUCUCUUGGAUAUGUCACAGUUGGCAAUGAAGCCAUUGUUGGGGUUGGACCAACCCAACUUGGGUCCCUUCUCAUGUGUGGGUCACAUGGAUAAAUGUAUGACAGCUGUAUUAGAAGCUGAUCAUUCAGAAUCCCAUUAUUAUUGUAUAAGUGGAAGAUCAGAGGACAUCAAGUGUGAACUUUGUUUGCACAAAGGAAGUAAUCGAGAUACACAAUGUAUCCCGACAAGAGCCAUCCCAGGACCAAACUCUCAGCAAGUUGCACCAACCAUGAGAAACAUCAAAACUGCAUUAAACUCUGUAGGACUGAGUCAAAUCAUGGAAGAGCCAAACAGAGUUCUCAUGGUGAAUGUUUAUCCAUACUUUGCUCUUGUUGCUGAUCCUCAGCAUGUGACACUAGAGUAUGCACAGUUUACAGCACAUGGAACUAUGGUUCAUGAUUAUGGAUUGGAGUACCAGAACUUGUUUGAUGCUAUGGUGGAUGCUUUUUAUGCAGCAAUGGAGAAUGUUGGAGGGAGGAGUGUGGGGAUUGCUGUGUCUGAAACUGGAUGGCCAAAUGGAGGGCAGAGUGGAAUCACAAGCCCAGUUUUGGCUGAGACUUAUAAUCAGAAACUCAUUGAUCAUGUUAAGAAUAAUGGAACUCCAAAAAGGCCAAGUUAUGUGAUGGAUGUGUUCAUCUUUGCUAUGUUUAAUGAGAACCAGAAGACACCUGGAGUUGAGCAGUGCUUUGGCUUGUUUUAUCCUAAUGGCCAACCAGUUUACUCAAUUGCUUUUACUUAGUUUUGUUUUUUUCUUUCUCUGUAGUGGAGAUUGAUUUUAUCAUGGAUGAUGGAUGUCAUCCUGAGAUAAUUUAUAUGCUAAAUGAAGUUUGAUA